AGAUUGAGAGAGAGAGGAGGAGGAGGAGAGAUCAACUAAGAAAACCAGAAGGAAGACAAGAGGGGUGGAGGAGGACAAGGACACAUCGUCUGUCUGUCAGUUUGACUGGAGAGUUGCUGAGUUUGACCAAAUGGAGGAUUCAGAGAAUAUCGCAGUGGUCAGUGAGAAGGAGGUAAUAAAUGAGCAGGAAUCCAAACACACGGAGUCUCAGGAGCCAAAAUGUGUUCCAGCUGAGUCAGAGCCAGGAGGCGGAGCUCAUCAAGACAACAAAGAAAACCAAGAAAAAGAAGAAGCUCCAGCCAAUGACAGUAAGGCUUGUGAGCAAAAGGGUGGAGUCACGGAGAACGCCAAUGCAGUGGAAGAGAAAGAGAACCAAGAGAUCACAGAAAAUCAAACUGGAGAAUUAAAAAAGGAGACAGAGCUAAAUGAUAUCAAAGAAGGUGAGGUAAAAGAAGGAAAAGAAAGUAGCAAUGAUCCACCUGAGAAUGAGAACAAUUCCUGUGACAAAGAAGAACAACUUGAGGAGAAGCGGGAGGAGAAAAGGACAAAAGAAACUGAAGGCAAAACUGAAAAGAAAGAAAAUGAGAAAGACAUGAAACAAAGUAGUGAUGAAGUCAAGAAGAAAAUGGAAAAUCCAGGCAGAAAAAGUGCAGCAGCUUCAUCCUCUGCUCUUAGAGCUUCAACAAAGUCAUCUGUAUCGUCACGUUCUGCUCGACCCUCGACGAGGAGAGAUGCUAUGGCCAAGUUUCAAAAAGAAGAGACUCCAGGUGUCCGAAACUUUAAGGUUCAACGGACGUCUGUAGGUAUAGCUGGUGGAGCAUCAAUCAAACAGAGAAUUCUCAACUGGUGCAAAAGCAAAACACAAAAAUAUGAGGGCGUCUCCAUAGAAAACUUCUCUUCUUCUUGGAGUGAUGGUUUGGCAUUUUGUGCUCUCGUCCAUCGCUUCUUUCCUUCUGCUUUUGACUUCUCCACCCUUAAAGCCAGUGAACGGGAGAAGAACUUCACUCUGGCCUUCAGCACAGCCGAAUCUCUUGCUGACUGCUGCCCCCUUCUGGAAGUAUCUGAUAUGUUGCUAAUGGGCAAAAACCCAGACCCUCUGUGCGUUUUCACCUAUGUGCAGGCUCUCUGUCAUCACCUCUCUAAGAUAGAGAAAGAGAGACGAGAGAAAGAUAGCAUGGAAAAGGACAAGGGCAAAGAUGAAGGGGUUUCUGAAGUAAAUGAAAAAGGAGACGGAGAGAGGGAAGAGAGUGAACAGAAUGAGGAGACAGAGCAAAACGGGUCAGAUUCAGCCAUGAAGACUGAACAAGAGACAGAUCAGAAUGAAAAUGUAAUAAAUGUGGAUGUUGUGGAUGAGAAAUAGAAAAGGUGAAUGAAUGAAAGGGAGAAAACUGAAGCAGAAUGUGAGAAUAAUUUAUUCUGGUCAUAAUGUGGUAUUAUGAACAUGCAGUCAUUUUUGUAUUUAGUGUGGUUGACCACUGUUAUUCUUAGAUAAACUGUUUGUGUAGAUAUGUCAUAUAUACAGAUUUUCAUUCUGUUACUAGAACACAUUAAUGUUUUGCAUUUAAAUGUUUUUAUAUUUUAUUUGGUUUGACUUUUGACUUUAAAUUCAUGUAUUAAGUUGACCUCAAAUUGUCACCAUUAAGCCUGUAAUUCUGAAAUGAGCAAUAUAAUGUGAUAGAGCUAGAAUGCUGCUAUGUGGAAUCACAUCAGGGCUCCUCAUUAAUUAUGGUCUUUAAACUCGUUCAAACUUUAGAUUUAUAUUAAAACAAUAUAAUAAUAAUUUAGUUGCUUAAGUAAGUAAGAUUUGAUUACAGACAUCUUCACAUUUGCAUUGUUAUUGUUUUGCAUUGUUCUGUAUUCUUAGUUCCAAAAUAAAAAAGCUAUUGUGUC